AUGGUGCCAGGUCUGAAGGUCCUUCUGCUCCUCAGCCUGCAUCUCCUGCAGGAGGCGCAAAGUUCCAUGGUCCAUCUCAGUAACAAUGGGUAUGAGGGAGUGGUAGUUGCAAUUAACCCCAGUGUACGAGAAGAUGAAAAACUCAUCCAAAGCAUAAAGGAAAUGAUAACCCAAGCCUCUACUUACCUGUUUGAAGCCAGCAAAGGAAGAUUUUAUUUCAGGAAUGUAAGCAUUUUGGUCCCGAUGACCUGGAAGUCAAAAUCCGAGUACUCAAUGCCGAAACGAGAAUCAUAUGACAAAGCAGACGUCAUAGUUGCUGACCCUUAUCUGAAAUAUGGAGAUGAGCCCUACACACUUCAUUAUAGACAAUGUGGGGACAGAGGACAGUACAUACACUUCACUCCAAACUUCCUACUGACUGACAAUCUGCUUAUGUAUGGACCCCGAGGCAGAGUCUUUGUCCAUGAGUGGGCCCAUCUCCGGUGGGGAGUAUUUGAUGAAUAUAACACAGACCGGCCCUUCUACAUGUCUGGAAAGAAUGGAAAGAACGCUCUCGAAGCAACAAGAUGCUCCACUGGUAUUACUGGCAAAAAUGUGGUCGAUGAAUGUCAGAGAGGUAGCUGCGUGACAAGAAAAUGCCGGCGAGACUCAAAGACAGGGCUCUAUGAACCCAAAUGUAAAUUUAUCCCAAACAAAUCCCAGACUGUUCCGGAAUCCAUAAUGUUCAUGCAAAAUCUCAGUUCUGUGGUUGAAUUUUGCACAGAAAAAACCCACAAUACGGAAGCCCCAAACCUACAAAAUAAAAUGUGCAACCGCAGAAGCACGUGGGACGUAAUCGAGGAGUCGGCUGAUUUCCGGAAUGCCCCGCCCAUGGGAGGAGUAGAAGCACCGCCCCCACCUACGUUUUCAUUGCUGAAGUCCAAACAGCGAGUGGUCUGCUUGGUGCUGGACAAAUCUGGAAGCAUGAGCAAAGGAAACAACGGCACUCGGCUCAUCCGAAUGAACCAAGCAGCAGAGUUGUAUUUAAUUCAAAUUAUUGAAAAGGAAUCCUUGGUUGGCAUGGUCACAUUUGAUAGCACUGCUACAAUCCAAAAUAAUCUAAUAAGAAUGAUCAAUGAGAGCUCCUAUCUAGAGAUCAGCGCAAACCUGCCUCAAGAAGCUGGGGGUGGAACUUCAAUUUGCAACGGACUCCGAAAAGGAUUUGAGGCAAUUACCUCCAGUAACCAGACGACUUCCGGUUCUGAGAUCAUAUUGCUGACAGAUGGGGAAGAUGAUCAAAUAAGUUCCUGCUUUGAGGAGGUCAAACACAGUGGUGCCAUCAUCCACACCAUCGCCCUGGGGCCUUCCGCUGCCAAAGAACUGGAGACUCUGUCAAACAUGACCGGAGGGCUUCGCUUUUAUGCCAAUGAAGACAUAAAUGGCCUUAUCGAUGCUUUCAGUGGGAUUUCAUCUAGGAGUGGCAACAUCGCCCAGCAGGCUCUGCAGUUGGAGAGCAAAGCCUUGACCAUUGCAGGGAAGGGACGGAUAAAUGGUACAGUGCUGGUGGACAGCACCGUUGGCAACGACACUUUCUUUGUGGUCACCUGGACGGCACAAAAGCCAGACAUUAUUCUUCAUGAUCCGAAAGGAAAAAAAUACACAACCUCAGACUUCCGAGAAGAUAAGCUAAAUAUAUACUCUGCUCGACUUCGAAUACCAGGCAUCGCAGAGACAGGUACAUGGACUUACAGCCUCUUAAAUAAGAAUGUCAUAUCUCAGUUGCUAACGGUGACAGUGACCACUCGAGCAAAAAGUCCUACCACGCUCCCGGUCAUCGCGACUGCUCACAUGAGUCAGACAGCACGGUACCCUAGCCCGAUGAUUGUUUACGCCCGAGUCAGCCAAGGGUUCUUGCCUGUUCUGGGAGCCAAUGUCACGGCCAUUAUAGAAGCCGAAGAUGGACAUCAAGUCACACUGGAGCUGUGGGACAACGGGGCAGGUGCUGAUACACUCAAAAAUGAUGGUAUCUACUCAAGAUACUUCACAGAGUACCAUGGGAAUGGGAGAUACAGCCUAAAAGUCAAGGCCCAGGCAAGAAAACACAUCACUAAACUACAUUUAAAACAACCGAACAAGUCUCUCUAUAUACCAGGCUACAUUGAAAAUGGUCAAAUUACGCUGAAUCCACCCAGACCUGAGGUUCCAGAAGCCACAGAAGCUCCAGUGGAAGACUUCAGCAGACUAACCUCUGGAGGGUCGUUUACCGUGUCUGGAGCGCCUCCCGGUGGCAACCACACUCAUGUGUUCCCACCCAGUAAAGUCACAGAUCUGGAGGCCAAGUUUGAAGGAGAUCAUAUCCACCUCACCUGGACGGCCCCUGGCGAGGUCCUCGACAAAGGAAAAGAAUACCAGCAGCCAAAAACUUUCGUUGAAUAA